AUGCACAUGCUUAACAAGACAUCGGAGCUGUUAAACUUGCAUGGUAUCAGACUUGUACAGGCUCCCAUUUACACAAUCUAUGAUGAACAAUUUGGAAAAGGAAGAAAGUCUAUCUGUCCACAUAUACUUGGGACGGCGACACCCCGGUACCGUCACCUACUGGUAGGCCACCACUCCCAUCGACUGGGACAUUGCUCAUGUGAUCAAACGCUGUUGCAGUUGUAUUGA